UAUUUGAAAAAAGGUCGGUUCCGAAAUCACAGAAACGGUAAAACUAAAACCCUCCUUCCCAAAGCGCUGUCUCUCUCAGAAACUCACAAUCUUCGGCUCUCUGUCUCCUCCGGUGGUCUUGUCUCGCAUUCACACUUUGUUUGCGUCACACGCUUGAAAACCUCCUACGUGCGAGGCACAGCGCCAUAGCCAACCUUUCUCAGAACCCAAACUCUCUCUCUUCCUCGCCGAACAAACCCUAGGAAAAUGGCGAGUGAUGGGAAUUUGAAGACAUGGGUAUCUGAUAAGUUGAUGUUGAUACUGGGAUAUUCUCAGCCCACAUUAGUUCAAUAUAUUAUUGGACUAGCUAAGAAAGCGACAUCACCUGCUGAUGUGGUGAAUAAUCUAGUGGAAUGUGGAUUGUCUUUAUCAAGUGACACCCGUGCAUUUGCUGAAGAAAUCUUCACUAGAGUACCCCGUAAAUCAUCUGGUGUAAACCUUUAUCAGAAACAAGAGAGGGAAGCUGCGAUGUUGGCAAGAAAACAGAAGACUUAUGCACUUUUGGAUGCAGAUGAUGAAGAAGAAGAUAAUGUUGUUGGGGAUGAUGCUGAGCAUCGAUCUUCCAUUGCAGCUGCUCCUGAAACCAGAAAAGCAGAUACCAAUAGAAAACGUUUCAGGAAGAAGAUUGAAAGUCAAGAUGAUGAAGACGAUGAGGUAAUUGCAUGGGGGGAAGGAAAAGGACAGGUUAAAAGACAAACAUCCGAAGAUGAAGAUGAUGGUUCAGAGUCAGAAGAAGAAAGACUGCGUGACCAAAGAGAGAGGGAGCAAUUAGAGCAAAAUAUAAGGGAACGGGAUGCAAUAGGGACACGGAAGCUAACAGAGUCAAAGUUAACACGAAGGGAGGAAGAAGAGGCAAUAAGGAGAUCUAAUGCUUUGGAGCAAGAUGGCAUCGGAAGUUUAAGAAAAGUUUCAAGACAAGAGUACUUAAAGAAAAGGGAGCAAAAGAAACUAGAGGAAUUAAGAGAUGAUAUAGAAGAUGAGCAAUAUCUAUUUGAUGGUGUGAAGCUUACUGAAGCAGAAUAUCGUGAGUUAAGGUACAAGAAGGAAAUAUAUGAGAUUGUGAAGAAGCGGUCAGAGGAGGAUGACAAUACAAAUGAGUACAGGAUGCCAGAAGCCUAUGAUGAGGAAGGGGGUGUCAAUCAGGAAAAGAGAUUUGCUGUGGCUAUGCAACGUUACAGAGACCAAGGUGCUGCGGAUAAAAUGAAUCCAUUUGCUGAACAAGAGGCCUGGGAGGAGCAUCAAAUUGGAAAGGCAACGAUGAAAUAUGGUUCAAAAAAUAAAAAGCAAAUAUCUGAUGACUAUCAGUUUGUGUUUGAGGAUCAGAUUGAUUUUAUCAAAGCAUCAGUUAUGGGUGGCGAAAAUAUUGAUAAUGAGGAGGCCACCGAGUUGCUUGAGAAGUCUAUGGCAAAAUCAGCUUUGGAAAAGCUUCAGGAGGACAGAAAAUCUUUACCUAUUUAUCCAUAUCGAGAUCAAUUGCUUCAAGCCAUUGAGGAUCAUCAGAUUCUUGUUAUUGUUGGUGAAACUGGUUCUGGAAAGACUACGCAAAUACCCCAAUAUCUUCACGAAGUUGGAUACACAAAGCGUGGAAAGAUUGGAUGUACACAGCCACGACGGGUUGCUGCUAUGAGCGUUGCUGCUCGAGUUUCUCAAGAAAUGGGUGUCAAACUUGGGCAUGAGGUUGGUUAUUCUAUCCGUUUUGAAGAUUGCACUUCUGAAAAGACUGUUCUGAAAUAUAUGACAGAUGGGAUGUUGUUGCGAGAGUUUCUUGGUGAACCAGAUCUGGAAAGCUACAGUGUGGUGAUGGUGGAUGAGGCCCAUGAAAGAACUCUCUCAACUGAUAUUCUAUUUGGAUUAGUGAAGGAUAUUGCUCGAUUUCGCCCCGAUCUUAAGUUGCUAAUCUCAAGUGCAACGCUUGAUGCGGAGAAAUUUAGUGAUUAUUUUGAUUCAGCUCCAAUCUUUAAAUUUCCAGGGAGGCGCUAUCCUGUUGAAAUACACUACACAAAAGCUCCAGAAGCUGAUUAUUUGGAUGCAGCUAUAGUUACUGUUCUUCAAAUUCAUGUGACACAAGAACUGGGAGAUAUUUUGGUUUUCUUCACUGGUCAAGAAGAGAUUGAAACAGCAGAAGAAAUUAUAAAGCACAGGAUAAGGGGCCUAGGGACAAAGAUUGCUGAGCUGAUUAUAUGUCCAAUAUAUGCAAACCUACCGACUGAGCUCCAAGCAAAAAUAUUUGAAGCCACUCCCGAAGGAGCACGGAAGGUUGUUCUUGCUACAAAUAUAGCUGAAACCUCCUUGACUAUUGAUGGGAUCAAGUACGUAAUUGACCCAGGCUUUUGUAAAAUGAAAUCUUAUAAUCCAAGGACUGGAAUGGAGUCAUUGCUAAUUGCUCCAGUCUCCAAAGCGUCAGCUAACCAGAGGGCAGGUCGAGCGGGAAGAACAGGUCCUGGAAAAUGCUUCCGGUUAUAUACUGCCUACAACUAUUACAAUGAUAUGGAAGAUAAUACCAUACCAGAAAUACAAAGGACUAACCUUGCAAAUGUUGUCCUUAGUCUUAAGAGCCUCGGGAUCCACGACUUGAUAAAUUUUGAUUUUAUGGACCCACCUCCAUCUGAAGCAUUAUUAAAAGCCCUAGAACUCCUCUUUGCUCUGAGUGCAUUGAACAAGUUGGGUGAGUUAACUAAAGUGGGCAGACGGAUGGCAGAGUUCCCUCUUGAUCCUAUGCUAUCCAAAGCAAUAGUUGCUUCUGACAAUUACAAAUGCUCAGAUGAAAUGAUUUCCAUUGCUGCUAUGCUUUCUAUUGGAAAUUCGAUAUUUUAUCGUCCAAAGGACAAACAAGUCCAUGCUGACAAUGCGCGAAUGAAUUUUCACACUGGAAAUGUAGGGGACCACAUUGCAUUGCUAAAGGUCUACGAUUCUUGGAAGGAGACAAAUUACUCAACACAAUGGUGCUAUGAAAAUUAUAUACAGGUUAGGAGUAUGAAACGUGCAAGGGACAUACGUGAUCAACUUGAGGGGCUCUUGGAAAGGGUUGAAAUUGAAUUAACCUCAAAUGCCAGUGAUUUAGAACCUAUAAAAAAAGCUAUAACAUCAGGCUUUUUCCCAAAUUCUGCAAGGCUACAAAAGAAUGGGUCUUAUCGGACAGUUAAACAUCCACAGACUGUUCACAUACAUCCGAGCUCAGGGCUGGCACAAAUCCUUCCAAGAUGGGUUAUAUACCAUGAAUUGGUACUCACAACCAAGGAAUAUAUGAGACAGGUAACGGAACUAAAGCCGGAGUGGUUGGUGGAAAUAGCCCCACACUAUUACCAGCUUAAGGAUGUCGAAGAUUCGGGUAUGAAGAAAAAGCCGCGUGCAGAAGAAGGGCAAGGAUUGUAGGACUGGCAAACUGGCCACAAGUAUCAGGAAAGCAUAUUGCAGAUGAUUUAGUAGAGAAGAUGACUGUACAUAUCGGAGACACUUCAGUAGAGGAAAUGUAAAUACCAUUUUGUAUAUCUAGAAUACUAAAAGUUUCUGAAAAUUUUUCUGCCCUCUGGGCAAAAUCACACUCAUGCAUGCUGCAACUUAGCAAUUUGGAGAAGCUGCUUUUUUGAAAGCAUAAUAUUCUUUACAAAGAAAUUCUAGUGUAUUGGUCCCUUACUCUUGGGGUAGAGCAUAACCUGAGUCAACAAUGUAGAUAAAGAAUACCUGCUUGUAAAAUGUUGAACAUAUCAAGAUUGUAGCCACUGUCUUGCUCA